CUCAUGUUGCACUCGGCAAUUGUUGAACAUCCGCUUGCAUGACCGCAAGGUGUUGCCGAAGAACCUUUCUUAUUCUGAAUGACGCGCAAACCUGUGGACAACUCGGUUCAGCAGAGUCAGCCUCAUGAAGAUCAUUUUCUGGGUCAGUGGGCUUGUAGCCUGUCGGUGAUCAUCUUUUUGAUUGCCUUCGGACUGUCUGGCCAAAUCCUUCCAAGGUUUGUUUCAAACCAGUGCACAUCUGAGCAAGGAAUGUGUACGCCUGGAGACUGCACUUGUCCAUUUCCGUUGAUGAAGCGAGAUUUGGUGACGCAGGAUGCGCAAGCUUGCUCUCAGUGCGUGGAAGAAUUCUGUCCAGCAGUUGUAGAAGGAGAGACAGGAUGCUCCACAACGGCUUGCGAAUGCGAGGAUCCGUCUUGGCCAAGGAUAGACGUUGGAUCUUCUGAUAAGCCAUGUAUGCAGUGCGUCCAUCCUCAUGUUGAUGUCACCUUGCGACGCGAAGAGGAUGGUCAAUGCCUGACCCUGGGGGAAAUCAAGACAUGUACAGUUUUCCGAUACAACGGGGCGGUCAUGCUUGAGAAAUCCUCCAAUCAAAGCAGCUGCCUUUCUUGGUCGAAUGGAGAGUGGCAGCUGAUACCAUGUCAAGGUACUCCUGAUAGCUCUGCAAAGUUCACACGACGUGGCAGACAUGAGGCCUCGACAAUGGGAACCUUUUGUACAAGCAGAGGCAAGCAAUGCUUGAACAUCAAGGAGUACAUGUGCACUACAGAUCCAUCCCAAUGCAGCACAGAGCCCUGUCGCUGCGAAGACUCUUCGCAUGUUCGGAAGGAGAUGCAGACCGUGAAUAGAUCAACUUGCUACUUGUGCACACCUUCUCUCCCGGAGUGUCCGUUGUCACCUGCAGCUUGCUCAUCUGAACCUUGCGAGUGCAAGUCAGGCUUCGUUAAGGCUCGACAGAGAAAUGAUGCGCUGUGCUUUAGUUGUCAACCCAGUAUGGCGCCAUCCGUUACAGGUUUAACCUCAUUCUUGACGUUCCUUUCUGCUGGCGCUACGUUCUUGCUGUGUGUUGGGCUUGGCGUGGUCGUUGGGUGUGCGAUUCGUCGAUUUAUUGUUGGCGACCCUACACCCAGACGAAAGCGACGUAGCUCUCAAGCUAGGACAUGGUCCGAAAACUGCGCACUGUACUUGGAGGAAGCCAUCCAGGUGGUGUCUGCAAGGGUUGGAGGAUGGAAGCCUUUGAAGCGUAUCAGCUGGGCAGUGAAGAAAACUGUUUCCUUUCUGGACGCCUGUGAUGCUGCUUUGGACCCUGUCUAUGUUGUCUUAGAAGCUGGCUUGGACAAAGUGCAGCAUUUUAUGAACGUCAAUAUCGACAAAGCGAAGAAGCUUUUGGGACAGGCAGAUAGCAACAAGGCGGCAAAGCCCAAGGACGGCCGCCAAGGGCACCGCGACGGCACGUCUGGAAAGGAGCAAUUUCUGUCAAGAGCUGCUUCUCAAAAUGACAAGGAAGCUGGACACGAGCAGAGCCUCUCCUGGGAUCCAAUCAACAUGAAUGUGGGCAACGAGGAGUGGAUGAACUACGUAGUCCCUAGCCUUUCUGCCCAGCGACAAUCCGCUCGGCAUUCCAGAGAUGCACUUCCACCCACAAGUGCUGUGCAGAGACUGCGGCAGCGCAGAGAAGCCAAGGCACAAGCAGCAGCAGAGAAGGUCACUGCGCAGGCAGCCGUGGCUGAGGUGGAGGUGGAUGAAUCGUGGAUUGACGCCAUGGAACAAAAGGAAGCGAAGGAAAAGGAGGCAAAGGAAAAGGCAGCUGCACAGCGAAGGGAGAGGAAACAAGCUGCCAAAGCGAGGCGUGCCAAAGUCGCAGCAGGCGUUUUGCCAGAUGCUGAACGUGAUGAAGCGGAGGAUGUUCAGGACAGCGCAGAGAGCAAACUGCAAGGAAUGAAAGAGCAAGCGGACCUUCUCUUCAGCGAGGCGAUUCAUGGGAUGUUCCUCCUUGCAACUUCGGAUGCCAGAGAAGAGGUUGUGCAGGAGCCAGAGAAGAUGGAGGUUGGCUCUGUCGACUCUGAGAUCCCUGCCAAGACCGAGAAGGUCAUUUUUCAGUCCCACUCGAAGCUGCCUCAAGAGGCUUCGGUGAGUGCAGAACAAACAGACGACAUCACGCAGGGCGAAGAUGGAUGGACCAAGAGUGUCUCAUCAAGAUCCCGAGGAGGCAAAAGAAAAGGAGAGGAGCAGGUUUUCCUGGGCGCAAAUGACGGGCAAAUGCCAAGCGAACAGGAACCGGCUGAAGAACCAGACCCACAGGAAGAUCCAGAAGAUCUCCAGGCUCCAGAGGUCCCUGAAGCUCCAGAAGCCACAGCUGAAGCUUCCUUGUCAAAGCGGCAGCGACAGCGGCUGCGACAGCGACAGCCGAAAGUGGGAAGUGGUGCUACCAAGCCAGCAACUAAAGCCGAAAAAGCCGAAAAAGUCGAAAAAGCCGAAAAAGUUGAGAAAACCGAAAAAGCUGAGAAAACCGAAAAGGCUGAGAAAGCCGAAGCUUUCCCCCAAAGCAGUUCUGGCACUUCUGAGUCUCGCCGAUUGGCAAACUCCAAGGACGGAAAGCCUGUGCAGUCACCUGCAUCCUCCGAUCCAACGAAACUGGAAAUCGAAGCCGAGCCUGUGGAGCAGCUCGAGGAGCUCGAGCAGCUCGAGCCAGAGGUUAAUCCAGAGAGCGGCAAAUCUGAGGAAUCCAAGGCCUUGGUGCGGAAUUUUGCUGACAUCGUGGCAGGAAGACCUGCAAGGUCCCCUGAGGAGGUUGAGGCAGCAGCAGCUGCUGCAUUUUCGUCAUUUAAAGCCGAUGCCCCGGACUUUGUCCCCAUGUCCAUGACGACACAAUUCCAGGCCAUGAUUGCUUCCAGCUAUGCGUUGAUCAUGGAUCCUGUGGUGCCAUCCAAGAAAGCGCGACGCAGAAGGGGUCGUAAGGAGGCAGAAGAAUCCCAAUCAUUGCCGUUGACGACGGUUGUGAUUGGGGACAUCUCUGAGGAACAUGAUGCACAGUCUCUGAGGCUCCAGCUGGAUGGUUGGGGCCUAGCCUACAAUUUCUUCUACAUGCCACCAGAGAGGCAAGAAGAAUAUGGCCAUUGUGCAGUGGUCAACUUUGUGGAUCCUGGCUUUGUGAUGAUGUGCCAGCAGCUUUUCCAGCAAGCUGGAGAGGCAACUGUGACCUUCUUCCCCGUCCAGGGUUUAGAGAACAACGUGGCCUACUGGACAUCAUUUGGAGUGGCAGAGGACUUGAUCAAUGGCCCCUUGGUUUUUCCAGCAGCAGCGGCGCAGUGGUCAUCUGAUCCCAAUGCAAUGCUCAAUAGCAAAUUCUCCCCUCAAAUCAAGGAGCAGUUUCACAAGACAAAGCUUUGUGUCUUUAACAAGAAGCAGAAGUGCAGCAUGGGAACUCAAUGCCCCUUCGCCCACUCUGAAGAGGAGCUACAGAAAGCACCAGAUUUGACGAAGACCAAGCUUUGCUACAAUUUUUUCCGUCGGAAGUGCAACGAUGCGAACUGCAAGUUUGCCCAUGGGUAUGGCGAGCUCAGAGCGACCGAUACCGUGUUUAAGACGGAGCUUUGCCGCUGGUGGGCAAAUGGCAGCUGCAAGGCAGGUGCUUCCUGUCGCUAUGCACACGGAGUUGAAGAGCUGCGAAGUAAUCCGAAUUUUACGGGUAUGUUUGGAGCUGAUUUCGACUUGUCAGAGGCAGCAGACUUCGGUUUCGGCUUUGGCAUGUACCCAUAUUCUCUGGAGGAGGAGAUGCAAAUGGCAGAGAUGGCAGAAGAUGAUGUCGAGACAGCACACUUUAUGGGGGAUGGAAAUCAGUUUGGUUUGCAGGAAGUGGAGCGUUCUCUGACUGGAAGUGAUGGGGAGAUGUCGGAGGCCUUAACCUCUGUCGUAGGUGUGAACCGACUGCAGCGACAACAAACAGCUCCUCCUGGUGUCGCUGCCAGCUCGGAUGACGACAUCAUACUGCGCAUCAAGGGCACUUUCAUGGAGGCAGUUCGAAUUGACGAAGAGCUACCGCAAGUGUCGAUGCGCCGCUCUUGGAGCGACGGAGACCUUGCUCAGCUUUGUGAGGCUUUGGAGAGCGAUUCUGACUAAGAGCUGGAAGUGCCACAUCUCCCACAAGAACUGAGAACAAAGCGGCCUCGAACAUUUGAACUUCUGAGUCUUGAGGCAGUUCUGUUCAAAGGUUAACACCUUGUGGCAAUGGUGAGGACGUGUAGAGCUCACACAGAGCGAGAGAUAUCUAGCCAUUAUUGUUUCAAAGCUUUGGCCCACACAAGCAUAGCUCUUUUUAUCUCGAAAGAAUGAGAG